AUGGAUUUGGACGAGGAGGAGGCAGACAACUCUACGGGUAGUCAUGAAUGCAACAGUCAAGAUGAGUAUAUAAUCGAGGCUCUCGAUGAAAACUAUUCCGAAGAAGAUCCAUUAUUUGACGCUAGUUAUGAGGAAAAUAAUGCUAAACCUGCGAAGAAGCGAAGGAAAUUAGGAAUCAGCAUCGACUUUUGUGACCCAUCCAGCAGUCAACUUGCUCUCCGUGGAGUUUUCUACAAACGGCGUUUUGUAGGAGAAACAUCCGGAAGCCAGUUUUCUUCGGCAACAAUUACCGGGAAUUCUCUGGAAGAGAUCAUGCGUGGAGUUUGGAAGGUUUUGCAACCGGUAUUGUGUAGAGAAGUCGUUUUUGUUGAUAAUAACGGAGAACAGGUUCCGACAUGGGCUGAUAGUGACCCUGAUUUCUGUGCAAUGAACAAAUUUGUUAUAAUGCAAGAUCAAGCCCAAAAGCGACGUCUUACUAUUGAUCAGAUCGAUUGCAAACUGCUCGUUACGUGGAGAGGAAAAGAAAUAAGAAUUCAUGUACAUAUUUAUUCGAACGCAGUAUCUUGCAGAUCGCUCUGGGAUUUGGUUGAUAAACAGCUAAUUCGGUUUCAAAAUGCGGACCGGUCUGGUGCACCAAACAAUCAAUCGUUGACUCAUCUGGCUAAAGAGCUUCAAGACCUACAUGGACAUUACUUCACCGGGCACUCCAGCUCCUGGAGACUCUGGGCUAAUUAUAUUCACUCGGCAUCCCCACAUGAAAGGGAACGUCGAAUGUCUGAAAUGCCCCCGAUUUAUUUGCUGAAAUUUUUCCGUUCUGCGCCCCUGUCCGAAGCUAUUAAACUGGAAACAACCCGCAGUGGAUUAUCUGUAGCUAAUACGAUCAACGAUGGAUUCAAGGCUGAGCUAGCAGAACUGGAAGCUGAGGCAGAUCAGUUGAUUAUGCUUGGGCAACGAGUAAAACAGCGAAUCAGUGGAUUGCGGUCUCGUUCAACCGUAAAUGCGACUUUAGUCUCAGCAAUGUCCGAAACUCUGCGUCCGGAAGAAAACGAACUGAGUCACACUUUGGCGGAUCGGAUUGUUGACAUGACUGAUAUUGACCACGCAUAA